GAAAAUUCUUCAGCCUGCAGUUGCGUAGACUGUGAGGCGAGUUGUCCGGUACCACCACCUCAACCGCCACCACCCCAACCUUUCCGGAUUGCCGGGUGUGACGGAUAUGCCUUUGUCAUGGUCGUGGUUUUCCUCAUAGGUUCCACAAUGUUCCUAUUGGUGGUGUUUAUGUGCUCAUCUUCUGCAAAUGUUGGAGAUAAUGCUUACAACUUUGAGCGAGAAAUAUUUGACGCAGAAUUAGAACCGGAGGAGCGCCAAGGUACAAUAAAUGAGGAGCUUUUAAUGUUUUUGUGUUCCAUUUGUUUUACAGUGUUAUGUCCAGGGCUUUUUGCUGAUAUUGGUGCAAACAGAUUU